AGUACAUUAUUUAUAAAUCUCAUUUCCCCCCGCUAAGGUUUGCAUUUCCGAUUACCCAAAAUGCAACACGAGUAGCAUAACACUGCUAGCUCGCUCCUAGCCUCAGCAUUGAUGCUUUUGUUUAUUUGCCAUAAUUCUCUAUAUAAAUGAAUAAAUGUCCUCAUUUAAGUAAUUCCUUCAAGAUGGACAAGUAUGUGGUGCGACUACCUACGGGGGAGAAGCCUAAAACGCCGAGGAGCAGCCACAAGAUUUACAAGCAAACCACCAUAGAAUCGCUCAGGAGGGUGGUCGUCAUUGAGGACAUCAUGCGCUACAAGUCCACAUUGGAGCUGCCGGGACAGAGCAGAGACAACAUACUGAGUGCCUUGACUGAACUGAGCAAGAAGAUGCCAUCCAGGGAGGUGCUCAGGACCACUAAAAUAGGUCACACUGUCAACAAACUGCGUAAGCAUCCGGACCCCGAGGUGAGCGUCGCAGCCGCCAAGGUUUACACAGACUGGAGGACUUUCAUCGAGGAGAAUUCCAAUAAGCCGUCCAUCGAGGUGCGCUCGGACAAGCAAUCAGAGGGGCUCAGGAGCAACGCCAGGAGGCUCAUGGCCGAGGCCCUGGAAAUCAAGGAGGACAGCGGACUGGUGGACAACAUGGAGCGAGAAGUGUUCCACCAGAGCGGCAGAUUGGUCAGCAGCUCGUACAGGAGGACAGUCAGAGCGCUGGUGUUCGCCUUUAAGCACCAUCCUGACCUCAGAGCUCUCGUGAAGAAGGACAACGCCUCAGUCGGCCAGCUGGUGACCAAAUAUAAGAAAUAGCCUUUAGUAGACUUAAAAAUCUCAUUUUUAAAACCUAUUUUUUAUUUAAUGUAAAUAUAUGUUUUUUCUUCUUGGUCAUGCUGCUUCCUGCAAUAGGUUUUUAUUAUGCGCUUGUUUUUAUACUGUACAGAAAAUCUGAAUUGAAAAAAAUACACUCUUCAAUAGGAACAUUUGCACAUCUAAUAAAAUCAUAUACGGUACAUUUUUGAUUUGUACUGUAUAGAUUUUCUGUAAAUCAAAGAUGCAAAUAAAC